AUGGAAGGGUUGGGUAAGGUAGGUUAGGGUAGGGUGGAUAGGGUAGGGCAUGGUAGGAUUAGGUAGGGUAGAUGUUUUUCAUUUUUUAUCCGUUCUAUUUUAAGGCGUGACAUUUCUUGAAAUUUUAAAAAAUUUAAAAAUAUUUUAGAUGACAGACUGGACCGAAAUCUACCGGUUGAACGAGACCGUCGAUGACGCCAACCCAACUUGUGGCUACACAGAAGACUGUGGCUUCGGCCGCUUCAUGUUCGUCUCGUUCGCAUCGUCAAUGGCCGUUCUCGGGGCUGGUGCUAACAUACUAUUGGCUUACAUUUUUAUUUUUAAAACCAAAAAGAAUACCCCGCCAACGUUAUACCCCACCGUGCUGGCGCUACUAGAUGCCGCACUUUGUAUAUUAUACUUUCUGUGCUUUGGCAUUGAUGUAGCCAUGUUAUUCUUGAGGAUAGAGGUGAGUUUUUUUUGGCGGGGUAAAUUUUUUAAAUUUUUUUGGGGGGAGCGCGGGAUAAAAAUACAAAAAAAUGUUGAAAAAAGAGUAAGAAAACCUAUUCAAACAAAUUUUCUGGGCGGUUAAAAAAAUUUUGGGCGUGGUAAAAAAUAUUUUUGAAAAAUCAACGCGAAAAAGAUUUGGGCGUGGUAGAUUUUUUCAAAAAUAAUUGUUUUGCAAUUUCAGGCCUUAUUCCAACUAUAUCAUGCGUAUAUUGUGCCUGUAUUCUUAACAGUAAAGUUCGUUCAACUUGUCAUACCGUACAUGUUGAUCUUCGUUACCAUGGAGAGAUACGCUUGGAUAUCAAAGCAUUGGUAAGUUCUGGUUUACUUUUACCUAAAGUCUUACUGAAGGCUGAAAAAUAGCUAAUAAACGACGAAAAAUGGGUAACAAAAGCUAAAAAAAUAGGUAAUAAAAGGCACAAAAUAGCCAAAAAAAAACCUAAAACAAGGUAUAAUUGAUGACUUUUUUCAGUUUUUCCGAAUGGCUCUUCUCCAGAGUAGGACGAGUAGUCAACUUGGUUCUAUGCUUAACACUAGGAGCUAUAAUUCGCCUACCUACUGGACUAGCACUAACUGUAACGAGCUACCCAAACUGUACAGACUCAUUCAGAACAUUGGCGGUGGAUUGGAGAGAUUGGGCCAAGGUAAGGCUAUAUUAUGAUUAAAAUACUAAUAUUUCAAAAAAUAAUUUCAAAAAUUUUAAAUUUCGAAAAAUUUUAAAAAUUAAAAUUUUUAAAUUAAAAAAUUUUUUGAAAAAAUCAAAAUUUUGUUAUCAGCUAGCUUAUCAUUUAGUAAAAAACAUGUUUUAGGAAAGUGAAUGGUUCAGCUUCUACGACCUUCACCUGAUCGGAAUCCUACAGAUCUUGAUACCUUUUCUAAUAUUGGUAGUACUCAACUUUGUCAUCAUUCGAAGACUUUUAACUUCUGAUAAAGAGGUUCUUAAGGUAGGUUUUUUGGCUUUUUAUUUACAUUUUUAGCUUUUAAUUUAAAAAAACUUAAAAAAGUCGAUUUUUUCAAAUUUUUUUAUAAAUUUAAAAUUCUUUACUUUCAGAACGUUCCCCCAAUCUACGUAGACGACACAUCAGCCGAAAAACGCCGUCCUUCAUUUAAAAUGCUCAAGCUAACCUUAAAACGCCCCACCAUGUCCCCAUCAGUCCGCCACGCCGUCUACACAACAGUCAUCAUCGUAACCUCAUACCUAAUCUGCUCCGGACUCCAUCUGAUUCUCACAGUAAUGGAAAAAACAGAUUCUGAUCUUCUAAAAAGCUUGGACGAUCCAACCAAAGCUUCCAUCUUCUACACCAUCUUCGGCGACAUGAUCUCCUUCCUCUACAUGUUCACUAGCGCCAUUCGUAUCCUCAUCUACUGCAAAUGUAACCCAGCUGUAAGGCAAAACGUCAUGAACACCCUGGAUUUGUGCCCCAGGGGUUUUAUCAAAGCUCCCAGCAUGGACUACAUUUCUACCACUCCUGUCACACCGGUCGACUUAUAA